AAUGGGCUAACAUUCUUUACUGCUCCCUCCGUUCCAUAAAAAUGGAACCGUGCCAAUCUUUAUGGAACGGAGGGAGUAGUAAUCAUUUUUUUCUUGGGUCAGGGAACUUAAAAUAUGCCCUAGUGGCAUCACAUUCACCUGAAUGAACUUAAAAAAUUGUUGCAUCAAAAUAAAAACGGAAAAUCCCCUGAGUAUGUUUUUGUGUGGAAGCAAUUCAAAGCCUAAAUAUUUUUUGACUCAUAAUAAAAAAAAUCAAACUCUGUCCUGGCCCAAAAAUCUUGUUGCUGUUGUGCUUGUUUUAACUAGAAAGAAGUCCAUUUUUCACCCUCAAAUGUGAUCCUAUAGCCGGAUAACCCUCCGAAUUGCAAACCCGGUUAUUUAGACGCCUGAAUUUCGUAAUACCAGAUAAAUAACCCCCAUUAGCGGUAUAUGAGCUGACGUGGCACAUUUGAGGCGGUUUAGGGUGUGAUUAGGCAUGGUUGACCGAUUUGUUGACUGUUGAAGUGGCCACGGCGGUUAAACCCCGCGAUUCGUUUCCUCUCCCGACCCCUUCGUAUUCUCUCGUUCUCUCUCUUGCUCCUUCACCAAUCUGGCCGCCGCGGCGACGAAUCUCGGCGGAGAGCUGCGCGCAUGAGCAGGGGGAGGGGACGGUCAUCGCAUUCCCGCCAUGGAUAAAGGUCAGUGCAAUGGAAUCUCCCAGUUCGUAUGGGUCCUCAAUUGGGUAGGGUUUUGCAGUUUGUAGGGUUUGGGCGGAUGGGGACGAAAUUUAGGUCUAAUGGUCGUAUCCUUCAAUUUGUUGCAUCUUUAGGCUCUGAUGAUUUCGACCUGCUGGACUAUCUGUCGAUUAGAUAUCGUAUUUGCGGGAAGUUUGUGAUGAGACAUGGGGUGAUGAUGUACGUGGGUGGGAUAAUUGGGUUGUACCACUCGGAUAGGGAUAAGCUUUGCUAUCAGGAAAUCAUGGAUUUUUUUAAGGAUAUGAUCAGUGUUGAGCUAGACUGGUUAGAUGAUAGGAGGCAAGUCAAGAUUUAUUGGCUUUCCCCUGGUAAAGCAGUAGAUGAUGGACUAUCAUUGUUGUAUGAUGAUGCUUCAGUACGUAGGAUGGACAGUCAGAUUACAAAUGGUGGAGUUGCGGAGCUAUAUGUUGAGCAUUUUGAGUAUGAGUCUGAUGAGAAUGAGAAUGAGAAUGAGAAUCAGUCAGAUGCUGACUGGGAGCCAGAUAAUCAACCUGGUGUUCUUCAGCUUUCAAGUUUAGAUAAUUCAGAAGAGGAAGAAGCAGAGGAGCAAGCAGCAGAGGAGCCAGCAGUAGAGGAACCAAUAGCAGAGGAGUCAGUUGGAUUGGUAAACAUCAGACUUGCUGAAACAUACUCCAAGCAGAAAGGAACUAAAUUUCCACUGUUACCUGUUCAAGCAGUUGGGACUGAUUAUGUGAUAUCUCUGUUAUCUGAUGCUCCCACAGAAACAACAAUAGAAGAUGAAAUGGAAAAGCUGCUCAUCUCACCCAGUAAAGAAGAGUUGGUAGGAAGGCAUACUGCAGAGGAAAUUGGUGAUGAUGCUAAAAAGGAGUCAUCAAAUUCAAAAGACAUGACCCCAAGUAAGAAGGAUUUAGAUGUUGAACUUAAGAGAUUUAGGAAGAUAUAUGGGUACAGCCAGGAAGACAAGAAGAAAAAGGUUAAGAGAACAUUGAUACCUGCCAAGCCACAUCCUUCAAGGGAGAAGAUUACACCACCAGAACCAGAUGUGUCAGCAGCAAAGAAAUCAGAAAGGAAGGAGAGUGAAUAUGUACCACUAGAAACUAAUGAGAAUGAACAGGAGGCAGUUGAUGAUUCAGAAGAGGAUACUGACACUGAAUGUGUACCACCAGAGUGUAGUUCAGGUGGGGAUUCAGAGGCUGAACAGAUAAGGAAGCUUGCUAGAGAGAUCAGGAGACAGAAGAGGGCCAAGAAGAUGGGGGCCACAACAGGUCCAGUUGUGAAAGACAACAAUGUUGUAGAAGAGAAAGUUGGUGAUCUUGAUGUAGGUUAUGACACUGACUAUUUUGACUCAAAUGAUGAUGAUUGCUCCUAUGAUGAGGAGAGUGAUGGUGAAGGAGGUAAACUAUUCAAAAGGAGGAAGAGUUCAUGGCAAAGAUUUGAUAGCAAGGCAGAAGAACCUACGUUCCAGCUAGGCAUGGUGUUUAGUGGGAAAGAGCAAAUGAAGAAGGCUCUCAUAAAGUAUGGGAUAAAGCAGCAUGUCCAUUGUUCAUGGCCAGGUUGUAAAUGGAUGAUAUAUGCAUCCAAGACAAGAAAGAAUAAGUGGUUGCAAGUUUCUACACUAGUUGAUGAACACUAUUCCAUUCCUAUAAGGGACAACAACUUGGUUACAUCUCAAGUGAUUGCAGCUAAGUAUGCAAAGUUGAUUAAAGCAAACCCUCCAUGGUAACUUGAGAAUAUUAAACAAACUGUUCUGGAGGACCUGGGUGUUGAUGUGCACAUUUCAAAGUGCAAGAGAGCAAAGCAGCUUGUGCUUAAGAAACUCUUUGACUCAACACAUGGUGAAUAUUCAAAAGUAUUUGACUAUCAGUUAGAGCUGUUGAGAAGCAACCCAGGCAGUACUGUGCAUGUCAUGCUCGACCCAGACCAGCCUGAUGGUAAGCAUGUGUUCAUGAGAUUUUAUAUGUGUUUCAAGACAUGCAAGAAAGGUUUCCUGGCUGGUUGUAGGAGAGUGAUAGGUUUGGAUGGGUGUUUUUUCAAGAGAGCAUGCUAUGGUAAUCUCCUAUGUGCACUUGGUAGAGAUGCAAACAAUCAAAUAUACCCUAUAGCAUGGGCAGUAGUUGAGAAGGAGACAACUGAUUCAUGGUUGUGGUUUCUUAACUAUGUGGAUAAAGAUCUGAAAAUCAAAAACGAAGGAGAAGGAUGGGUAUUUAUAUCUGAUCAACAGAAGUGUAUAAUUGGUGCUCUUGCUGGAAUAGUGCCAAAAGCUGAACACAGGAUGUGUGCAAGACACAUCUAUGCCAACUGGAAAAAGAAGCAUACAGACCAUGAUUUGCAAAAAAGAUUCUGGAGGUGUGCAAAAUCUCCAAACAGAAUCAUGUUCAACUACAACAGGACAAGGCUAGCUCAAUUUACACUAGAAGGAGCAAAAGAUAUGAUGAAGGCAUCUCCUGAGCAUUUGAGCAGGGCUUUCAUGAAACUGGGUGCCAAUUGUGAUUCAGUUGACAACAAUAUGUGUGAGUCUUUCAACAAUUGGAUCCUUGAGUCCAGGUACCGUCCUAUCAUCUCAAUGCUUGAGUGGAUUAGAUGCAAGGUCAUGGUUAGGAUACAAGAGAAUAGAACAAAGCCAAGUAAGUGGCAAGGAACAAUAUGUCUUAAUGUUUUCAAGAAAUUGAAACAGAACAUCAAUAGGUCACAUAGUUGUCAUGUACUUUGGAAUGGGAAGGAUGGGUUUGAGGUUAAGGAGCAUGACAGGUUUAGGUUUACCGUGUCAUUGCAAAAAAAAGAGUGCACAUGUAGGUACUGGCAGCUCUCAGAAUUGCCAUGUUGCCAUGCCAUUAGUGCAAUAUACAAGAGCUCACAGCAGGUUGAAGCUUUCAUAGCAAGUUGUUUCUCUAUUGAGAAUUAUCACAAAACCUAUGAUCACUGUUUAGAGCCAUUGGAGGGAGAAGAGAGUUGGUCCACAACAGACCAUCCUAAGCCAGAAGCACCAGGGUUCAUAAGGAUGCCAGGCAGGCCCAAGGUAGAGAGGAGAACAGAACCAUGUGAAGUUCCUAAGGGAAGCAAGAUGACAAAGGUUGGAAUUAAAAUCACCUGCAGUUUUUCCCAUAAACAAGGACACAACAUUAAGAGCUGCAAAAACAAUCCUAACCAUAAGCAUAAUCUGAAUGCUCACAUAGUGAAGCAAGCAACAAAGAAAAGAAAAGCUGAUAAGGAUGCUUUUGAAGCUGAAAUGCCAGAAGAGCUGCUAAAGGGAAGGGUAUUGCACCUGUACCUGAACCAAAGAACAAGGCUUCUUUGAUUGAAACAGCUUUAAGAAGGAAGCCAACGGCUCUCAAGAUUGGAGGAACCCAAGACUGUCAACCAAGUUCUCAACCAAGAUCUCAGAAAAAUUCUCAACCAAAGAAGAAGCCAAGUUCUCAGCCAAUCAACAAGAAUAGCUCACAACCAUCUAGGCCAUCAAGUCCCAGCCAUCUCAUUGUGUAUUCAAUCUUGCUGCUUUCAAGGCUGCAAAAAUGGUUAACAGUGGCAAUGAUGGUUCAUCAUCAAGGAAGUGAAUCAUGUAAUAGUGUUAUGAACAUGUAAUAGUGUCAUGAACAUGUCUUCUGUUAGCUUAGUGUGUCAUGUUAACAUGAAUUGAUCUGGAUGUGACAUUUAUGCCACUUAUGUUUUGUCA